AUGUCUUUUAUCGAUAAAGUCCCAACAUCAUCAGAGGCUGUUAUAAGAAAUGAAAUAGAUCUUUUAAAAAAUGAAAUAGAUCUUUUAAGAAAUGAAAUAGAUCUUUACAACGCCAAUAACGCAAACAAAAUUACUUGUGUAAUAAUUGAACCUAGUGGUGGAGCGUUCAUUCAUCAUUAUGAAGAUGGUCAGAUAACCAAAUUUUACGACGACGACGACAUCACCACGCACAUUGUACAUUGUGCAAAACAAAUGAUCGUGGUAAUGAGAGACGACGACUGUAAGGAACUAUACCCCCACCCCACCGAUCCUGAUAAUUAUAGAGAUCACAUCAAGACAUUAGCCGAACGCGUUCGAUCCCAGCAAGGCAGUCUGUAUAAAUCAAUAUUUGAAAUUGGAUACUGCGUAACCAAGGAUACGAGGGAAUCAUGGGGAGACUUGGCUGAUUUCGAGAGAGGAUGUAUGGUAUAUUACGAGCUUAUAAAGCUCGUUGUGGUCACUAUCGCUGGUGAACACGAUUGGAGAAAUUUCAUUAAGGGUAAUCUAUUCAACAUAGAAAUGGAUUUUACCCGUUUCAAAGAUGUAAAUAUCGAAAGAAACUGGCCAGCCGUACAAGUUGAAAUUAGAAAAAUAUGUGAGGCAUAG